AUGGUUUCGACGAGACGCAGUGGAUCUCUCUCUGCCAACAACCCCAAAAGAUCUUCCUCAUCGGAAAAUAAACCUCCUUCGCCGAAGCGUCAAAAGGUGGACAAUGGCGGUUCGUCGGAGAAACCGGUGCCGACACCGGCGGAUAAUUCAAAGGAUUUACGUACUCCGGAGACUGUGCCUGAUCCCGGAGAAUGUGGCUCCGGCGAUGUUCAGAUCGCCGGAACGGGUGCUGUCGAUGGAGUGAGCUCCGACAAGGGAGACGCUAUGCCUGCUGUACCUGUCACAGCGCCGAUUGCUGACGCCGCAUGUCCGUCCUUCUCUUCGUGGAGUGUAUAUCAGAAACAGAAUCCGAAUAUUGAGGGGGGACCAUGGUGCAGGUUCUUGUCUCAGUCUGCACAGAAUCCUAAUGUUGCUGUUUGCAUACCCAAUUUCACGAUUGGUUCUAAUAGAAGUUGCAACUUUGCACUGAAGGAUCAAACUCUAAGUGGAAAUUUAUGCAAGAUCAAGCACACACAGGGUGACGCGAGUGCUGUAGCUGUGCUAGAAAGUACGGGUAGCAAGGGAUCUGUGCUAGUAAAUGGGACGCAUGUCAAGAAGAAUACCUGCUGUGUGCUUAACUCGGGUGAUGAAGUGGUUUUUGGUGUUCUUGGAAAUCAUUCUUAUAUUUUCCAGCAACUAAAUACUGAGGUUGCAAUUAGGGGUGCAGAAAUUCCAAGUGGUGUUGGGAAAUUUCUGCCGCUUGAAAGGAAAAGUGGAGACCCUUCAGCCGUGGCUGGGGCCUCCAUUUUGGCUUCUCUUUCCAUCAAACAGGACCUUACAAGAUGGAAAUCUCCAACUCAGCCCUCUAGUAAACCUCCCCAGGGUACUGAUGUCUCUAGUCAUCCUGUUCAUCAUGAUAGUACAGAAAUUGAGCUUGAUGGCUCAGAGUCAACUCCAAAUGUGCAUAGUGAUAAAGCAGCUGAUGCUGAAACAAAUGAGAAGAAUUCAACAAUGGAUUGCAAUCCGGAAGCUGGUGCAGAGCCAGGCAAUGUAAAACUCUCUGGGGUGAAUGAUUUCCUAAGGCCUUUCUUCAGGAUCUUAGCUCGACCUAGUUGUAAACUGAAAUUGAGCAAAAGUAUCUGUAAACAGGUAUUGGAAGAAAGAAAUGGGAUGCUGGACAUGCAAGCUGCAUCAACAUUGGGUACAUCUGUGCGCUGUGCAGUGUUUAAAGAAGAUGUUCAUGCUGCUGUACUCGAUGGAAAAGAAAUAGAUGUUUCUUUUGACAACUUCCCUUACUAUUUAAGUGAGAGCACAAAAAAUGUUUUGGUGGCUGCUUGCUUUAUGCACCUAAGGCAUAAAGAACAUGAAAAGUUUACUGCAGAUCUUACAACCAUAAACCCUCGUAUUCUCCUAUCAGGACCUGCAGGGUCUGAAAUAUAUCAGGAAAUGUUGGCAAAAGCACUUGCAAAAUACUUUGGAGCUAAGCUGCUCAUAUUUGAUAGUCAUUUGCUUUUGGGUGAAGCUGAGCUACUCAAAGAUGGAUUAAAUGCUGAAAAAUCCUUCUGCAGCACUAGACAAAGUCCUACAGGUACAGGUACAAAAGUGGCUGGGAGCAUGGAUCCAUCAGCUACUGAAAUAGAGACACCUAGCUCUUCAAGUGCACCUAUAUUGGGCUUUGAGUCUCAAACUAAGUUGGAAACUGAUACCAUGCCAUCGACCUCUGGAACAGCUAAAAGUUAUGAAAUGAGUGGUGAAAAAGUGGAGAAAAACAGUAUUGCAUAUUCACAGGGACCAUCUAAUGGAAGUCGGGGGAAGGUUGUCUUAUUAUUUGAUGAUAAUCCCUUGUCUAAAAUUGGUGUGAGAUUUGAUAAACCCAUACCAGAUGGAGUUGAUCUUGGUGGUGCCUGUGAGGGAGGUCAAGGAUUUUUCUGCAAUGUGACUGAUCUUCGCUUGGAAAGCAGUGCUGUAGAAGAACUGGACAAAUUACUCAUUCAUUCAUUGUUUGAGGUUGCAAUUGGCUUGUAG